CUUGGGCAAACCUGACCUUUGAUUGUCAGAAUAGCUCAGGGUAAACGUCACCUUUUAAAAGAGUUUUUGUUGCUGUGCCGGCAGUAGGUUGGUACAUCUCGCUUGUGAAGGCAGAGCACGUGGCGGCUGUAGCAGCAGUAAGAACAGCAGGAUCACUGUCACUGGAUGAUCAGGUCAGCUCUUGGCCACACACUCCUUCAUAUAAGUUGAAGCAACGCCUCAGGACAUUCAGUCUAACGCCACAUUAAAUUAGGUCGAGCAGAGCAGUCACUGUUAUUAAACAGCACCUCAUCAAAAAUAUCAUGCUGAACCAGGAAUUCAUUCAGAAGCUGUCGGAUCUUAAUGUCAGCCAGUACAUGGGGAAUGUCUCCAUCCCUGUGUUAGUCAGCAUGGGGGCCGUGGCUGCUGCAACAGCCUAUUACCUGGCAACACGACCCAAGGCCCUCCCACCAGUCUGUGACCUCCAGAUGCAGUCGGCUGAGGUUCCAGGUGGAGAUUUUGCACGCCGAUCAGUUCUGCUGACUAGUGACAGUCCCUUGACGCAUGUCUAUGAUGAUGCCACAACGUUGUAUGAAUUCUUCCUCAGAGGCGCCAGAGUGUCCAAUAACGGUCCCUGUCUCGGCUCCAGGAAGCCUAAGCAGCCUUAUGAAUGGAUGUCCUACAGAGAGGUAAUUGAGCAAGCAGAAAAUCUGGGUUCUGCAUUUCUUCACAAAGGAAGCAGCAAGACCGCCGACCCCUACGUUGGCAUAUUCUCACAGAACAGACCAGAGUGGACCAUCAGUGAGCUGGCGUGCUACACCUAUUCUCUGGUGUCAGUCCCUCUGUAUGACACCCUGGGAACUGAGGCCAUUGCCUAUAUUAUAGACAAAGCUUCUCUCUCAACUAUAGUGUGCGAUGUGACGGAUAAAGUCAAUCUAGUGCUGGAUUGCAUUAACGACACAAAACACAGUGUGAAAACCAUCGUUCUCAUGGAGCGCCCCGGUGCCAGCCUCAUCGAAAAGGGGCAGCAGGCUGGAAUCCACAUCCUCAGCCUGCAGGAGAUGAUAGCUUUAGGGAAGGCCAACCACCAGCAGCCACAGCCUCCACAGCCUGAGGACAUGGCAGUGAUCUGCUUCACCAGUGGAACCACAGGAAAACCAAAGGGAGCUAUGUUGACACAUGGGAACAUCGUAUCCAACUGCUCAUCUGUCAUCAAAAUUACAGAGACCAGCUGCCCAGUGCGUCCCAGUGAUGUCCAUUUAUCCUAUCUGCCCCUGGCCCAUAUGUUUGAGAGAGUCGUGCAGGGAGUGAUGUUACUGCAUGGAGCCAGGAUCGGUUAUUUCCAGGGAGAUAUUCGUCGGCUGUCGGAUGACCUGAAGGUGUUGAAGCCUACUGUGUUUCCUGUGGUCCCACGACUCCUAAACAGAAUGUAUGAUAAGAUAUUUGGUUACGCCAACUCCCCCUGGAAGCGCUGGCUCCUGGGAUUUGCCUUCAGGAGGAAGCAUUCAGAGCUCAUGAAAGGCAUCAUUAGGAGAGACAGUAUAUGGGAUCAGCUCAUCUUCCAUAAGGUCCAGGACAGCCUUGGAGGCCGCGUGCGUCUCAUGAUAACAGGAGCUGCUCCCAUAUCUCCAGUUGUUUUCUCUUUCCUCAGAGUUGCACUAGGCUGUCAGUUCUAUGAAGGCUAUGGACAAACAGAGUGCACUGCUGGCUGCACAGUGACCCUGCCUGGAGACUGGACUGCAGGUCAUGUUGGACCCCCUCUGCCCUGUAACACAAUUAAACUGGUGGAUGUACCUGAGAUGAACUACCUGGCUGUGAAUGGAGAGGGAGAGGUGUGUGUGAAGGGUGCCAAUGUGUUCCAAGGCUAUCUAAAUGACCCAGAGAGGACAGCAGAGACCAUCGAUGCAGAUGGGUGGGUUCACACGGGAGACGUUGGGAAGUGGCUUCCGAAUGGCACGCUGAAGAUCGUGGACAGGAAGAAGCACAUCUUUAAGCUGGCACAGGGCGAGUACAUUGCUCCUGAGAAGAUAGAGAACAUCUACAUGAGGAGUGAUGCCGUGGCACAGGUCUUUGUGCAUGGAGACAGUUUGCAGGCGUGUCUGGUAGCAGUGGUGAUUCCUGACCCUGACUUCCUAUCUGACUGGACCAAGAGGACGCUGGGACUGCAAGGCAGCUACCAGGAACUGUGUGGCAGAGCGGAAGUCAAAUCAGCCAUCAUGGACGACAUGCUGCGGUUGGGCAAGGAAGGAGGCCUCAAGUCCUUUGAGCAGGUGAAGGCCAUCUGCAUCCACACUGAACUGUUCUCCAUCGAGAACGGCCUGCUCACCCCAACGAUGAAGGCCAAGAGGAACGAGCUGCGGCAGUACUUCAGAUCCCAGAUCGAUGAGUUAUACGCUGGGAUCAAAAUGUAGAAGGAGGAGCGGAGAGCAGAAUGGAAGAACGGAUUACAGCUCCUCUAACGGUGUUUUAGAUUAGAUGAAAAGGGAAAAAAUAAAGAGGAGCAUGAGCUGAAGCAUGCAGUAGAAACAAAUGAAUGAGGCCCUGAGACCCUCAUCCUGGGCCCUGUACUACAAAGCAGGUUAUCUUUUCAUUAUCUGGCUUCACUUAAACUAUCUAGCUAGCUAGCUAUCGCAUACGAUGGUGCUUAUGGGGCAUAAACACCUGAAAGGGGCACUUUUGACACAGUCGUAACAGCACAAACGCUGAAAUGACCUCUUUAAGUCUUCAUGGCCAAACAACAGGAACAGGAUAUAAUAUCACUUUUAAGGGAUUCAGAGCAUGAAGAGCCGUGAACUUAUGGCACACAAUACAAAAAGCCUGUGAGGGUCCAAAGCAGAUUUUAGCUAAAAAACUGAUUUUUCAGUGUCAUUGCUGAUGAUGAUGUGUUGAUUCUAAAGCUGAUUCACCUUUGUCACACCAGAAAUCUCAGGACUUCAACAAACAGAUGCAUAAUGCACAAUGUUUUUAUGGUUCUAUUUUCUGAGGUUUACAGGAAUCCUGUGAAACCCAAGCAGCUUCACACAGAGCGCUUCACUGAUGGGACUGUUUGAUGUCAAGAUUUUGUUUCAGCGUUGACUUUUUUUAACAGCAGAAUUGUUUCCACUGGGUCCUGAAUCUUUUCCAUAAAUGAACUUUGUUACAGUUAGAACCUGUCAGCAGAUAAAAUAAUUCAAUGAAAUCUUAUUGUACACAGGGAAUGAAGUGGCUAAGGAACAUUCGGAUAUAGGGGAAAUGUUAAUGUUUAAUUUAUACUGGAUUCAGGAAGGGAAGAGAUUUGCUAAAUUAAUCUUUGUUUUUAUUAUCCAAAUAUUAUGAAAAUAUAAUUAAUUUGACUGUUAUAAUUGUUUUAAUGUCACAUUUUGUAGAAUA